AAAGAAAAGGAGAAGGGAAAAGGGAAGGAGGAGAAAAGUAGAAGUAACGAGGAGGAAAAGAGAAAAGAGCGGGAGAGAGAGAAAGAGAAGGAACAAUUUAAGGGAAAAGAGGACGACAACAGAGUCUUAGGAAAGCCCCUGCUGGAGCCGCCGGAGAAAAAUAAUCAUAUCCUAGUGUUGGGCCUCGAUGGAGCAGGAAAGACCAGUGUUCUCUACUCUCUAGCUUUAAACAGAGUCCAGCACAGCAAGGCACCCACCCAAGGUUUCAAUGAAGUGUGCAUCAGCACUGAACACAGCCAGAUGGAGUUCCUGGAGAUUGGUGGCAGUGAACCUUUCCGUUCCUAUUGGGAAGUGUAUGUGUCCAGGGGAAUGCUGCUGAUCUUUGUGGUGGACUCAGCAGAUCACAGCAGGUUACCUGAAGCCAAGAAAUACCUUCAUCGGCUAAUUAAAAUAAACCCAGUCAUCCCUCUGGUUGUGUUUGCAAACAAACAGGAUCUUAAAGCAGCCUAUCACAUUACAGACAUCCACGAAGCUUUGGCAUUAUCUGACGUGGGAAAUGACAGGACGAUGUUCUUGUUUGGGACCCAAGUGACUGAGAAUGGCUCAGAGAUACCGUCCACCAUGCAAGAUGCCAAAGACCUGAUUGCACACCUGGCUGCACAUACGCAGUGACUAGGCGAGGCCCACACUGGCUCACGACUGAGAAGUCACCAGGGAGUGUUGCAUGGCAGGCUUGAAGCCAAAGGUUUCCACUUUUAAAUAAAAAAUAACCCAUUUCCUAUUUUCUCAAUGCAUGGCAUAUAUACAAAGAUAAUGUUAAUUGAUUAAAAGCAUCUCUUUAUUUUGAUUUUGAACUUUAAAAGUAUUGGUAGCGCAAUGUAUUUGGGGGAAUUUGGAGUUUUAAGCAACAAAAUUAAAAUGAACAUUAGCAAACAUAUAUCCCAUUUGUAGUUUUUCAAUGACAUGAGAUUUAU